AGGGUUUCUUCUUUCUCUAGCGAGUAGCGGCUUGAAGGAUUUUCUGCAUCUCCCACAAACCUUCAUAGUUUUUAGGCGCAGCCGAAGAACUUCUAUUCACUGCAAUCAUGGGGAAGACUAGAGGUAUGGGAGCUGGUCGCAAGCUCAAGUCUCACCGCAGAAGACAAAGGUGGGCUGACAAGUCAUACAAGAAGUCCCAUCUUGGAAACGAAUGGAAGAAACCAUUUGCUGGUUCUUCUCACGCAAAGGGAAUUGUUCUUGAGAAAAUCGGUAUUGAGGCUAAGCAGCCUAACUCUGCUAUCAGAAAGUGUGCUAGAGUUCAAUUGAUCAAGAAUGGAAAGAAGAUUGCUGCUUUCGUGCCCAAUGAUGGUUGCUUGAACUACAUUGAAGAAAAUGAUGAAGUGUUGAUUGCUGGAUUUGGACGUAAAGGACAUGCCGUGGGAGAUAUUCCCGGAGUCAGGUUUAAGGUUGUGAAGGUCUCAGGAGUGUCCCUGUUGGCUUUGUUCAAGGAGAAGAAGGAGAAGCCCAGAUCUUAGAUUAAUUUAGAAUGCUUGCAUACUUCUCUAGGUAUCCUUUUUAAAAUGCAUGAAUGAUCUCUUACAUUUAGUGGAAAAUGAUUUGAACCAUAUCAGUUUAUGCAGUUUUAAUUUUGAUCUUAUUAAAGUUGUAUUUUGUUGGAAGUAAUGCAACACAGACAGCUUAGGUAUCUUGUUCUCUGAUAUUGGUUUUCUUAGCAAGCUGAGUUUGAUUUGAUUAUACCAAUGUACGCUAUAGUUAUCCAUAUUGGUUGAGACUUUUUUAGAGGUUUAUUUAUUUUCAA